CAGACUCGGGACACUGUUGCGCACACACUCACACCCUGUGGCUCAGUGCGUGAGGUGCCACAUCGAAAUGGAACAUAAGUGUCGGAAAAUGAACAGCAUGCUGCUGAUCCUGCCGCAGUUGUUGGUUCUUGCGUCUUGUACUCCUCCACGAUGCGACCCAAGGUUUCGAGGACUGUGCAGGCCAAUAGUGGAAGAAAAACCUAAAUGCACAGAUCUAAUGCUGUCCUACUGCGACGACAUGUCCUACACUCAGACCAUGUUCCCAAACCUCCUCGGUCACAAGACUCGUCUGGAUGCUGAAGCAGGCCCUGAGUACCUCCUCAUCAGCGUGGCUGAAUCUCUGCUGGGAGGAGAGUGUAACCCAGAGAUUCGCAUGUUGGGCUGCUCGGUGUUGGCCCCACGCUGUGAGAAUGAGAAGGUGCUGAAGCCCUGCCGCAGCACGUGUGACACCGUGCGGAAGAGAUGCAGUGACACGUUUGAGAGGAUACAGAUGGCUUGGCCCUACUUCCUAGACUGUGAUCGCUUCUUUGUCAGUGACCAAGAGGGAUGUUAUGACCCACUGGAGGGCCUCAGAGCUCAGGAGUACGACGAGGCUGGAGACACCAUGGAAAAUUAUCUUACUGCGGACUCUCCUGACACAUUGCAAUUCACUUAUCAUUCCAACACCGAGAUGAUCAGUGCCUUAAAGAAGACUGAGGAACAGUGCUCCGACAUAGCCCGAACCUACAGCAUAGGCCACAGUAUGGAGGGCAGGGAGCUGCUUGUGAUCGAGUUCUCUAAUAAUCCGGGAGAACAUGAACUGCUUGAACCAGAGAUAAAAUAUAUUGGCAACAUGCAUGGAAAUGAAGUCCUUGGCCGCCAGCUACUCAUCUACUUGGCUCAGCACUUGUGCUCAGAGUAUUUGUUGGGGAACGAGCGGAUCCAGACCCUAAUCAACACCACCCGCAUCCACAUUCUGCCCUCCAUGAACCCUGAUGGGUACGAGAUUGCUGUCUCAGGAGUCAGUGACAAUAACUACGAUGAACAGGAUCAAAGAUAUGAUUCAUGGAACAUUGGCCGAAAUAACGCCCAGAACCUCGACCUGAACAGAAACUUCCCUGAUCUGACGUCCAUCGUUUACAACAGACGUAGACAAAAGGGCUACCGCACAGACCACGUGCCAAUCCCAGACUAUUACUGGUUUGGUAAGGUUGCACCAGAGACCUAUGCUGUCAUGAAGUGGAUCCGCUCCAUCCCAUUUGUACUCUCUGCUAACUUCCAUGAUGGAGACUUGGUGGUGUCUUACCCGUAUGAUCUGUCCAAACACCCACUGGGACGUGACAUGUUCUCCCCAACGCCAGAUGAUAAGGUUUUCAAAUUUCUUGCAAGAACUUAUGCAGACGCCCAUGAAACAAUGUCCAAUGAAAAUGCACGCUGUGGUUCGUCUCGUACUCACAGCCAGAAAGGGAUAACUAAUGGAGCUCAGUGGUCCAACUUGGCAGGCGGAAUGCAAGACUUCAACUAUCUUCACACCAACUGUUUUGAGGUGACUGUGAAUGUGGGCUGUGAUCGAUUUCCCCCCGAAGAGGAACUGGCUUUUGCCUGGCAUGAAAACCAAGAAGCUUUGAUCGCAUUUUUAGAGGCAGUCCAUCGUGGUAUCAAAGGCAUUGUAAAAGAUGAAGAGGGAAAUGGUAUAAAAGGUGCCAGGAUAUCUGUCAGGGGGAUUCAGCAUGACAUUACAACAGCUGAAAAUGGAGACUACUGGCGCCUCCUCACCCCUGGCAUCCACAUAGUCUCCGCCUCUGCAAAGGGCUACACCAGAGCCACGAAGAAAAUCCACCUGCCCUCUCACAUGAAGACUUCAGGCCGGGUGGACUUUGUGUUGCAGAAAGCCCCUCUAGACUCUGACACACAGGAAGAGGACCACACCCUCCCUUCCAUGGGCACAUACGACCAAUUUGACCCUUACAACUUGUACCAGCGGUACAUCCAGAUGGCUGAUUUGGACCACAACCGAGAGGCGAGAGCAGAGAAGCCCCGGUGGUGGAAUUACUUUGCAUUGCCUGGAAUGCCUGCUCCCACCUGGCUGCUGAAGCAGUAUUAGAGCUUUAAUAAAAUAAGCUAGAAAUGAGUCUCUUUUUUAUACAUUAUGCAAACAAACAGAGUUAUCAUGGAUAUGUUACUUUUUAACUGCUGCUACUCCUGCUUCACACUUUUACCUUCAUGUGCUGGGUCUUGUCCAAAGACCAAACCUCCAUUAUAAUGUAAGCACCUUGCAAGCUUUUGCCUGGACAAUGACGUAACUUUAGCUAAUGACCAUCACAGAAUAAACAACUGUUAAAGGAUUUGAUCUGCAGUUUUUUAGCAGUAUUUCUAUUGGUAUAUUUAGCCCUGACCCCUGCCAUUUCGUCUUGCUUCGAAGACAGGGUUUCUGAUGGCCACUGGGGGGCAAGCUAAACCAACAUCUGGCUCAAACUGCCCCAAACAGUGGACUUUGGUUACUCCUUCACAUAGUGUGCAGUUUUUUAAAUUAAUGUAAAUAGAAAUGUCAUUAAGAGUUAAUAGUUUUGUAGUCAUUGCUGUCAUUAGUGAGCCAAAGGAAGAAUUUGGUCUAUGAUAGAAUUUGUUAUUUAACUGAUUAUAAAAGGAAAUUAAGUAGGCUGUGUACAAUUUACUCACUUUAUAUAAAACACAAGUGUCACUUGUCCAAGAUUCUGAACGUGUCCUCAUGUAGAGUGCUGUACAGUAGUUGUCAAAUGUUAUUAAUUUUUAAAGCUAGUUAAAAGUCUUCAGUCAUGAUAUUCUUACUGUAUUACCCCUAAAAUGCAUUUUUAACUUAAAACCCCUCCAUGUGUGGCAUACCGUGCCACAAUGACUUGUAUGUAGUUCCACCAAAGAGUGACUAACCUUCACUCCUGAAUAGCUGUUAGACAUUUGAUGGAGUUAA